CCCGCCACCCGCCGGCCCUUCCGUUUCACUCAGCGGAGCCACUGAGAGGGACGGGUGCCGGCCAUGGAGCGCACAGCAGGCAAAGAGCUGGCCCUGGCACCGCUGCAGGACUGGGGGGAAGAGACCGAGGACGGCGCGGUGUACAGUGUCUCCCUGCGGCGACAGCGCAGUCAGCGCUUGAGCCCGGCGGAGGGCACCGGGGGCAGCCAGGCCCCCAGCCCCAUUGCCAACACCUUCCUCCACUAUCGAACCAGCAAGGUGAGGGUGCUGAGGGCGGCGCGCCUGGAGCGGCUGGUGGGAGAGUUGGUGUCUGGAGACCGUGAGCAGGACCCCAGCUUUGUGCCCGCCUUCCUGGCCACCUACCGGACCUUUGUACCCACUGCCCACCUGCUGGGCUUUCUGCUGCCACCAAUGCCGCCGCCCCCACCUCCUGGGGUAGAGAUCAAGAAGACAGCGGUACAAGAUCUGAGCUUCAACAAGAACCUGAGGUGGGUCCUUCAUCUGGAUAGGGGAGUGCUGGGAGGGAAAUCCCAGAGGUCAAAGGGUCUGACCUGCGUCCCCACCGCCUGGCAGCGCUGCCGAGAACUGCGGAACUUCUCCUCCUUGCGCGCCAUCCUGUCCGCCCUGCAAUCUAACCCCAUCUACCGGCUCAAGCGCAGCUGGGGGGCCGUAAGCCGGGAACCGCUAUCUACUUUCAGGAAACUUUCGCAGAUUUUCUCCGAUGAGAACAACCACCUCAGCAGUCGAGAGAUUCUUUUCCAGGAGGAGGCCACUGAGGGAUCCCAAAAAGUGGACAACACCCCAGGCAGCCUGCCCUCGAAACCACCCCCAGGCCCUGUCCCCUACCUUGGCACCUUCCUCACGGACCUGGUUAUGCUGGACACAGCCCUGCCGGAUAUGUUGGAGGGGGAUCUCAUUAACUUUGAGAAGAGGCGGAAGGAGUGGGAGAUCCUGGCCCGCAUCCAGCAGCUGCAGAGGCGCUGUCAGAGCUACACCCUGAGCCCCCACCCGCCCAUCCUGGCUGCCCUGCAUGCCCAGCGCCAGCUCAGUGAGGAGCAGAGCUACCGGCUCUCCUGGGUCAUUGAGCCACCAGCUGCCUCUUGCCCCAGCUCCCCACGAAUCCAACGGCGGAUCAGCCUCACCAAGCGUCUCAGUGCGAAGCUUUCCCGAGAGAAAAGCUCAUUCCCUAGUUGGAGUCCUGGGAACCCCUCAUCCCCUACCUCCAGUGUGUCCCCAGGGUCUCCCCCCUCAAGUCCCAGAAGCAGAGAUGCUCCUGCUGGCAGUCCCCCGGCCUCUCCAGGGCCCCAGGGCCCCAGCACCAAGCUGCCCCUGAGCCCAGACCUGCCCAGACCCGGCCCUUUGCCUCUGGGCAGCCCUCGAAUCCCCCUCCCGGCGCAGCAGAGCUCGGAGGCCCGCGUCAUCCGCAUCAGCAUCGACAAUGACCACGGGAACCUGUAUCGAAGCAUCUUGCUGACCAGUCAGGACAAAGCCCCCAGCGUGGUCCAGCGAGCCUUGCAGAAGCACAAUGUACCCCAGCCCUGGGCCCGUGAUUAUCAGCUCUUUCAAGUCCUUCCUGGGGACAGGGAGCUCCUGAUUCCUGACAAUGCCAACGUCUUCUAUGCCAUGAGUCCAGCCGCCCCCGGAGACUUCAUGCUACGGCGGAAAGAGGGGACCCGGCACACUCUGUCUGUCUCCCCGACCUGAGGCAGCUGUGUCCUCCCCGCAAGACACAAGUCCCACAGGCAAGCUUGUGACUCCUCUCCUGGAAAGCCGCCAUCCCCCAAUAGAAGCUACUAUACUCUGUAUCCCGGGACCACCCCCCAACUGUAGCCCAUUGGACCCCAUCUCUUUUCAUGACCCUGUUGGUACUAGAUCCAUAUUCCAAAGACAUCAGCCCAUGGGUGGCUGGUGGACAGCUCAAUCUCAUAAAUAUAGAAAGGGGUGGGGCAUGGGUACGUCAGAUCCCUCCCCAGAGAAAUGUUACAAAUGUUGGAGAUGCAUCAGAAGCGACAGAUGCAGAUGAAAAUAGUGACCAGAGUUAUGAAACAGG